AUGAAGAGUCCAAUCGUCCGGUCGAUAUUGGGCGCCUUGUGCGUUUUCUUUAUUCUCAUGGCCACCCUGCGCAACGACAGCCUCCACGUCAGUUCCAAGAUCCUCGAGCAAGCUGGCGUAAGGACAGAAGCAGAUUCGCACGCCAAGAACCAGCAGCCUCUCGAAAACAAGACCACCGAGCAGUCCAGUGCUCCCAAGGUCAGCGUCAAGAUGAACUGCAACGCUGACCUAGACCACCUCAAGCAAAUCAAAGACCGCUACCAGCUUGAAGAUAGAUUCCAGUACAUGAAGCGCUAUGUCCGAUUCACCCGCAAGGAUGGCCUGGAGCGCAAGCGAAUGACCAAGCUUUCACAAAAGCUGCUGCCCGAUAGCUUCCGGACCAUUGAGCUGGGGAAACGGCUAGGCGGAGGCGAUGUCUGUGCCGCCCCCUUGGAAGUCGAGGUCCCUGCCUCUGGCUACCCUCGCAGCGUCGACGCCUCCCAGUUCAUGUUUGGUGUCUCGACCACCUACAAACGCUUCUUGGAUCCAAACACGACGCCCAUCAACGAGUGGAUCUUUUGGCUCACCGACAAUCACGGCAACUCCAACGGCGGCAAGCUGCUUCUCAUGCUUCUCGACGCUACCGACGACCAGCUUCAAGAAGUGGCCAACAUGCUGGGCGAUGUCGGCAUUGACGUCGACGUCUAUCACUCCAAUUCCUCCGUCGAGAUGGCUGUCCGCUAUUUGAAUCUCGUGCCGACGCUCUACACCCACCCUGACGCGGCAAACAAGAAGUGGUUGGUGACUUGCGACGAUGACACCUUCUUCCCCAACAUGCACGGCCUCAUUGAGAAGAUGGCUACUUUCGACCAUACCAGAGACAUGUAUAUUGGCACCUUGUCCGAGGACGUGGGCGCCAUUGAGCGCCACGGCUCACAAGCCUUUGGAGGUGCCGGAGUUUUCCUGUCUCGGUCCAUGGCUGAGAAAAUCACCAGCUUAUACGGCAGCUGCACCACGCAAGCAAAAAUCCUCGAGUCCAACUCUGGCUGGGGUCCUCAGGGAGACAUUAUCCUGCGCAAGUGCAUCUACGAGAAUACAGAGGUCCGUUUGACCACUCUCUGGGACCUCUGGCAGCUCGAUUUCUUCGGCCAUCCCAGCGGCUUCUACGAAUGGGGAAUCAAGCCGCUUUCGCUGCACCACUACCGCGGUGGAGGUUGGCACACUGCCAAGCCUGGCCAGUACACCAAGAUUGCCCAUGCUUGUGGCGAAGAUUGCUCUCUGAUGCGCUUCCAAACGACCGACGACUUUAUCAUCUCGGGCUACUCCAUCUCUCACUACCCAAAGGGCAUCACCUUUGACACCAACCAAAUGGAAGCUACUCUGUACGCGGCGCCGGAAAACAAGGGCUGGAACCUUGAUUUCAUGUUUGGACCGCGCCGACAGUCACUGCUGAAGACGGGCCGCAAGAUCUCCUGGGAGCUUCAAGAGUCUGAAGUCCAGUCGGAUGGUUCCGUGCUGCAAACAUACACGCGCAAGAGGGAUGACGAGAGAUGGGUCCACGCCGACAAACAGCCGAUGAGCAAUAUCGAUGGUGUCAUUGAGCUUGUUUGGAUCCCAUCAUAA